AAGAAGAAGAAGAAGAAGAAGAAGCCAUGCCCACUUUGAAUCUGUUCACCAAUGUUCCAGUAGAUGCUGUGAUUGCGUCUGACAUUCUCAGGGAUGCUACUAAAGCUGUUGCCAAGAUCAUUGGCAAGCCCGAGUCUUAUGUGAUGAUAGUGCUGAAUGGAGCGGUGCCUGUUGCAUUUGCUGGUACAGAAGAGCCAGCUGCAUAUGGGGAGUUGAUCUCAAUUGGGGGUCUUGGACCAAGUGUUAAUGGAAAAUUGAGUUCAACAAUUGCAGAUAUCCUUCAAACUAAGCUUUCUAUAGAUUGUUCACGGUUUUAUAUCAAAUUUUAUGAUGUUCAGCGCUCCUUCUUUGGGUUUAAUGGCUCGACAUUUUGACCAACAUUCUGUACGAAUCAAUAGAUGUGGAAGGUGAUGGACGUUGGAACUCUUGUGCCUAAAUGACUAUUAAUGCCGCUGUAUUUAAUCUUUAUUUUGAGAAAACUGAAUUCCAUGGAUUUGGCUGUAUCAUUCAUUGAUGAAAAGUUCAUUAUAAUCUAUAAGUUAUUUUGUUUUAUGUUCCA